AUGUCCAAUGCACUUUUAUUAAGACUUUUUACCUCCGAGUUUUUCAACUCUUGGAUUGCUGUCUCUUAUUUAUUUCGAUAUUCAGACAAUGUCGGUAUUCAGCACUAUCUUUGCAACGAGCUCAAAAAGUUUCCAAUUUCUGAAAUAGAGUUUUUCUUACCUCAGCUAAUUCACUUGUUAAUUACGAGGCCCUCGGAAUCAGUUGCUCUAGAAUGUUUCUUGGUUGAAAUGUGUGAAAAAUCAACUCAUAUUGCACUCAUGUCAUUGUGGUAUUUACAGGCUUAUUUAGCUGAUCUAUCGCUUAACCCCACCAGCCCUUCCUUCGAAUUAUGCAAGCGAUUAUUAAACAAAUCACAGGCGAUUGUAUUUUCGGAGGAUGAAGAUGAUAGUCCCACCAGCGAGCCAAACCCUAUUUUGGCUACACAAAAAGUGAGUGAAAAUGCACUUCCGGCAUUAGUGGGUAUGGGUGCCAUGCUGCUAGGUUUUGGACAACCCUUAAUGACAAAACCAGCAGGUAGAAUUGCAAUUGCUCAGGGGCGCAGAGCUUUUGAUGGUGGUAGUAAUAACGUACAAGAAGAAGUCACAUUGAUGAGAAGAAACACAACAGAUCAUCAUUCACCUACCCCUUCUCCUACACUCUCCAGCCCUUCUUCUACUGGAUCUAACACGCCACAAUUUAUAUCCGCUUCUCAGCCCGAUUUACAAAUGUCAAAGAAAUCAACUCGUUUUAAUCCUUUUACAAGUUCCCCUUCGCUUGAAGAUCUUCAUAAGGGAAAAGCAUUUUCCGUCUCGCGUUAUAUUAAGAACGCUCACCAAAAGCUCAACAGAAAGAUGAUUCAGCUUGGAGAAGAUCAAAUCUUAUCCAAAAAGGAAAGCAGUAAUGGUUUAAGUGAAAAGAAACACUUUAAUAACAGUAUAUCUGUCUUUGAUCCCAAAUUAACAGCAUUAGGACAAUCUUCUGUCCCGACCAAUACCGCACCUCUUUCACCUGCAUUAUCUCAGUGCUCAUCCUCCGAAGAAAUAUUGACCACCAAAAAACACAUGCGACUCUCCACAAAGCUAUCCACAUCAUUUGAAUCGUAUGACUCGGAUAAUUCUUCUUCAAAUGAAGAUGAUGAUGAAGACGAUCGUAUGCGCCAAUCUCUUUCAAAGAUGAGCAUGGAUAACAGAAAGUCGCUCCUGAGAUCCAACUACUUUAGAUCCGAAAUGCAAUUUCUGUUGGCUUUGGUGGAUAUCGCCACUCGAUUAGUCAUUGUACCUAAAGAAGCUCGCAUGAGUGCACUUCAUGCAGAACUCACGUUGUUAAAUCACAAUUUACCAGCAGAAGUUUGCCUGCCUCUUUGGUGUCCUGCAACCUGUGAAAAACCUUAUCAUCAUCGUAUUGUUCGCAUCAGUCCGUCUGAUGCCGUCGUAUUGAAUUCUGCAGAAAGGGCUCCUUAUUUGCUCAUGAUUGAAGUAUUGGAUGAUGAAAUGAGCUUUGAAGAUGAUGCCUAUACUUCAGCACUAUACCGUAUGCGUCAAUCUUUGAAACGUAAAAAGUCAAAACGUCAAUCUCUUCAAUUAGAAGAUACCUCAUCUUCAGCAGUCGAGACAUCCGAUAUUGGUGUAGUGAAGUCUGAAACAACCGCUGUAGUGGAAAAGGAAUUACCGGUAUUGGAACAUUUGAGUAGUCGUGACAGUAGACGUAAUUCUAGAUCGGCCGAUAAUUAUGCUGAACGUAUGAGAACUGCUGCUGUCAUGUUGGCACAAUUGCAGUUACCCACAACAAGCAAUACUACAGCAGUGACACCGAAAUCUAAACAGGGUACGGAACAGAUCCGUCAACGUAUCAUCAAGGAAAUGAUUGCUUUGGAAGAUCAGAGAAUGACGAAAAUGAAAACGGAAGGUGUCAGCAGUGGUGUAGGUGGUGGUGGAGGAGAAGGUGCUGGUGGAGAUAUGUUGGAAGACGAGCAACGUAUUGCUUGGGUUGUAAACAAGGAAGAUCCCAGUGCUGCGGUUUUAUCAGAGGACUGGGAGACCAAAAAAGCAAGGUUAAGGGCUGCAUCACCCUAUGGUCAUUUACCAAACUGGAGAUUAAUAUCUGUGAUUGUAAAAAAUGGCGCUGAUCUGCGUCAAGAACAAUUUGCGAUCCAAUUGAUCCGUGAAUUUCAACGUAUCUGGGAAGAUACUGGAGUCAAUGUCUGGGUGAAGUAG